AACAAGGAGACAACCAAAUCAACACAAAGCUGUCAUUUUUUUGGUAUCAGGUGUUACGCGACAUCAACAACAGAGUCCUAGUGAACAGAGAAAGUCAACCCAUCAAAAGCUCUGAUUCCCUUCUCUACUUCAGUUUUCCCAGACAUUCCCUAGGACUGAUCAUUAGGUGUUUUUUUAUAGAGGCUAAAAUGAGCUUUGCUGCGCCAUCACUUGGUUCUGUUGGUGGUAGAUCUGCUGGAAGAGCAUUUGAGUUUGGAAGAACCUAUGUUGUCAGGCCUAAAGGGAAACACCAAGCAACUAUAGUUUGGUUGCAUGGCCUCGGGGAUAAUGGCUCCAGUUGGUCCCAGCUUCUAGAGACCCUUCCUAUUACAAAUAUUAAAUGGAUAUGUCCAACUGCUCCUACUCGGCCAAUAUCUAUUUUUGGUGGCUUUCCAUCUACUGCAUGGUUUGAUGUUGGAGAGAUUUCAGAAGAUGCUCCCGAUGAUCUUGAAGGAUUGGAUGCUUCAGCUGCGCAUGUUGCAAAUUUGUUGUCUACGGAGCCUGCAGAAAUUAAGCUUGGUGUGGGAGGGUUCAGCAUGGGAGCUGCUACUGCCCUGUACUCCGCGUCCUGCUUUACUGCUGGGAAAUAUGGAAAUGGGACUGCUUAUCCUGCCAACCUAAGUGCAGCUGUUGGUUUAAGUGGCUGGCUUCCAUGCUCAAAGACCUUGAGCAACAGGUUACAAGGGAUAGAUGAAGCUAGAAGGCGUGCUCAAUCCUUUCCUGUUUUACUGUGUCAUGGAAAAGGUGAUGAUGUUGUUCCCUAUAAGUUUGGUGAGAAGUCAUCGGAGUGCUUAAAUUCAACUGGAUUUGGGGAUGUAACUUUUAAAGCUUAUAAUGGGCUCGGACACUACACAAUUCCUGAAGAGAUGGAUGAGGUUUGUGCUUGGCUAACAUCAAAAUUGGGCCUUGAAGGGAAAACAGCGUAGGUAGCCAGCAGAGGAAGCAAAAUGUGAAAAGUAAUUCUUUUCCUUUUUGGUCAAUUGUAAUUUUGUUAUUGCCUGAUGACAUGCAUAAUAUAUUCUCAAUCCAUUUUGUAUAACACUUGGCCUGAAGGCAUCUUUGGAACAAGGUACUGUCAUUGAAACAAAAACUUGGUGGCAAGUAUGGGGAUGGAAUGCUGCUAAUAUAUUAUGCUGAAGAGGAACUACAAUGGCAGUAGGCUUUUCGUUUUGUUACAUAAUCUUCCUUGAAUGAGCUUCCAAGUGGGACUUAUUAUUGGAGGUGUACUUGGUUUUGGUUUUGUAUAAAAUCAAACAAAAUAUGUGGAUUAGAUUUUGAAACUUUCA